UUGGCGGGUUACGUACGUUUUCGGCAUGGGCGCUCGCCACGUACGUUUUCGGCAUGGGCGGUCGCCACGCCCGUUCGUGUUCAGCGAGGUCUGCUGCGUCGUCCACGAAUCGUCCCCGUGCCCCGGUCCCAGGUCACGCGCGGACCCACGUGUAGCGGCUUCGGGAGCUGCUGCCGCUGCUGUGCCGGUCCCAGGUCACGCGCGGACCCACGUGCAGCGGCUUCGGGAGAGGAUUUGGGCCGUCGCGCGGCGGCUUCCGAUGCGUCUCCUCGCUGAGCCCGCCGAAGCAGUGCUCCACAGUGAGGGCACGUCGCAGCAGUGCCGCGGCAUGGGCAUCCUCACAGUCCUCCUCCGGACGGCCAUAAGUGAUUUGGGUGCUUGCGUGCUUGCUGCUUGGGGGAAUUUUAUCACAACUUGGAGAAGACCCCUCGCCAUUUUGCAUUUCCAAUCGUCGAUGGGAGACGUGUUGAUCCUGGAGCUCCAGCGUGGAAACACUUCUGUGACCAUAUGCGCUCGUGUUUCUCGUUUAUGGGAUUUCUGUGAUCCUCAGGAUGAAGCAAAGUUGCUCCAUUGUGAUAUGGUGCUGCUUGACGAAGAGGGAAACGGUAUCCAUGCUGCAAUAUUCCCACCAGUCAUACAAAAGUUCAAGCCUCUGAUAAAAGAAGGAGUCGUCUACAACAUCACAUACUUCCGGGUCAGAGCCUCGAACAAUUUGUACAAGCCUGUUUUCAAUGAGAACAUGAUUACCUUUACAAACUGGACAAAAUUGGAGGAGGUUGUUGAGGUUCCACCAGCAUUUCCUGUGCUUACCUACUCACUCACACCGAUAGACCAGCUCCAUUUGUGUGUCGACAACAGGGAGUACUACACAUAUGCCAUUGGAAUUGUCACUUCCAUCUCGGUCGUGGCGCCGCACCGAUCCAGAGGGCAACAUACAACCAACUCUAAGAGGACUAUUUCCCUGUGCAAUGUCAGCAACAACAGUUCGGUAAAUGUUGUUCUCUGGGGUGGGCAAGCUAGCUUAUUCCCUGGAGAACAGAUCUACAACGAUGGUCAGUCCUCUCCACAGAUCCUGAUGUUUGUUGGCACGCUUGUUAAGAAAUACGCGGAUGGACUGUGCUUGUCUGGAGGCUCACCCUGUAAGUGGUACAUUAAUCCUGAUGUUCCUGAAGCAGGUGCCCUCAUGGCUAGUGCGAGGAAAGCACAUAGUCCCAUUAAGUGGAACGAGGUUCUGUCUUCGAAUCAGCCUAUGCCUCAUGUUCCUGAGGAACAGAAAAUCGCUUACAUCAGAGAUCUGCACCCAUUUGAGAAUAAGGAUAGAGAAUUUUUGGUGACAGUCACUGUAAAAAAGAUUGGUGAUAGGUGGUGGUACAGUGCAUGCAAAAAAUGCACCCGCACAGCUGUGGCUCAUGGGGAUUCCUACAUGUGCGGCGAUCAAGUUUGCGCUACCAUUGGCACGCCCAACCAAAGGUACAAACUGCUUCUCACUGCAGGGGAUGAGACAGGUGACACAGACUUCAUCCUCUUUGGUCGGAUGGCGCAACACAUCAUUAAGAAGCCGUGCGAUAUGCUCAUUGCCAACAAUCCGAUCGGCUUUAUUCCUGAUCCAAUCACAGAUCUGCUCGAGAAGACGUAUAUAUGGAAUGUGAGUUUCUCUGACCACACAAUCAAUACUGGAAAUAUUUGUUUCCAGGUCAACGCAGUCGUGGCAGAGAUAGAUACUGCAAAGGACUCCAUACAAGCAUCUUCAUCGGGGCCAAAACAGUCACAAACUGUGCUUUUGCAAGGCGCACCCAGUGGCAUUGAAGACACUCCGACCAAAGCCUCUAGCUUGGUCAUGCCUUCAACCCUGCUCACGUUACAAAGUUCCGCAACCAGUGUGCAAGAUAAGGUGUGCAUCCCAUAGACUUUCAGAUUUAUGUUGCAAACAGUAUGCGC